AUGGUGCGAAGGGCGCUGCCCGGUAGAGGCCUGGCUUGCGGCGGGUCGGCGGCGGUGGCGCCCUCCCCCCGCCCCCCGCGUUCGGUCUCUCUCCCUUCUCUCAGUUCCGCUUCUUCUCGUCUUCUCUCUCGGUCUACCUGCAGCCUUUUUCCGCCGGCUUCCGCUUCUCCUUCGGUGUCGGCUGGCGCGUUUUCUCCACGUUUUUCUCAGGCCUUCUUCUCGUCCUUCUCAGAGACUCAGGAGGGGCGAGGGCGACGCCUGGGUCGACAGACGAGGCGCGCGGAAGGCGGGACCGUCAUCGAAGACGGCGACCAGCCUUUCCGCGCAAACAUCAACGGAGAGGACAGGCGCGUCUGGCGCUUCCCGCGCCUGCCGGCCGGCGGCGAGAGCUGGCGAACGACGUUCACGGGCUACGGCACGCGUCACUUGGCUGAGUUGUACGACUCGCCGUCUUCUUCCUCUUCGUCUUCUCCCUCUUCUUCUUCUUCCGACGAGACGCGCGAGAAGGAGGCGAAGCUGAACUGGUUCGCCGUCGGGCGCGUCGUUGACCAAAACCGGAGCCGGCAUCUGGCGGGCUACACAGUGCCGUAUAAGUUCCGCAUCAUCGACCCGAUCUCAGUCGCAAAAUCAGUCCCGAAGAACCUUGGGCCGCUGAACCGCAACACGCAGACUGGCGAUCGCUACGUGGACUUCUCCCACAAUCGAUUCCCCGUCCUGAACACCGCAGAGAACUUCCGCUACUGGAAGGAUCGCGGCCUCGACAGGGUGCUCCCGCGUGUUUUUCCUGUCAAACUGCCCGCGCACCGCCGUAUCGAUCCGCUGCUGCGAGAAUACAUUUACUUCCUCCACUCCAUGGACCCUGCGCGCUUCUCUCCGCGAAAACUCGGCGAAAGAUACGGAUUGCGAGAGCGGACCGUUGAGCUGAUUUGCCGCGAGUUCUCCGUCGCGGAGUUCCUUCGCCGCACAGAACUGGCGACGCCCUACACCCGCCGGCUGAGUCGCGAGAAGGCUGUCCUUCGCAUGAAGGAAGCUCUCUUCAGUUUGAAGCUUGGCUACGACCAGCUGGGGGAUCAGGAUCUCGAUGAGCAGGAAGAGCAUGAAUUCAGAGGCUUCCGAAGCACGCAGGACUGGAUUCAGCGCCAGAACAUCGAAGUCGAGAUGAUGUCCGCCUUUCCUCUUCCGGCCAAAAGGGAUCCUGUGCCGAAGCGAGUUGACGUGGACGUGACGGUGCACAACACAGCCAAGAUCAAGGUGAUGAAUUGGAUAGACCCGACCGACAAAGUCGUCUUCUAG